AUGAGUUGCGAAGAAAAAAUUGAGCCACUAUUGGAUCCUAAAGAAGAGAGGUUUGUACUCUUUCCCAUACAACACGAAGAUGUAUGGAGGAUGUACAAGAAGGCUGAAAGCUCGUUCUGGACUGUGGAAGAGGUUCUCCUCGACAAAGACAUUGAAGAUUGGAAGAAGUUAAAUCCAAAGGAGAAGCACUUUAUCUCCAAUGUUCUUGCAUUCUUUGCGGCGUCUGAUGGAAUUGUCAAUCUGAAUCUGGUGGAGCGGUUCUCCAGCGAGGUCAAGAUGCUUGAAGCAAAGCUAUUCUAUGGGUUCCAGAUUGCAAUUGAGAACAUCCACAGUGAGAUGUACAGCCUGCUGAUUGACACGUAUGUAAGGGACGGAGAACAGAAGAAGUUCCUUUUUAAUGCAGUCAAAACUAUCCCCUCUGUGAAAGACAAGGCCGAUUGGGCAAUAAAAUGGAUUGAGGAUAAGAAUUCUGACUUUGCAACAAGGCUUGUGGCGUUUGCCUGUGUGGAGGGUAUAUUCUUUUCUGGGUCAUUUGCAUCUAUAUUCUGGCUGAAGAAGAGAGGGCUGAUGCCUGGACUAACGUUUUCGAACGAGCUGAUAAGCAGGGACGAGGGUCUGCACUGUGAGUUUGCAUGCCUUUUGCAUAGACGUUACCUGAAACAGAAGUGCAAGCGAGUAAAGGAGGUGGUGAUGGAUGCAGUCGAAGUUGAAAAGAGGUUUCUGAGUGAAAGUCUUCCAGUGGAUCUUAUAGGGAUGAACUGCCAGUUGAUGUGCAAAUAUAUAGAGUUUGUAGCCGAUACUCUCCUAGAGAAUCUUGAGGAGGAGAAGAUAUACCAUACUCCCAACCCGUUUGAUUUUAUGGAGAACAUCUCUUUGGUUGGAAAGACAAACUUCUUCGACAAGAGAGAGUCACAGUACCAGAAGGCAUUUGUGGGGAUAGAUAAUGGAAAUGAUUCGUUCAGGAUAGAUGUCGACUUCUGA